UGUGUCUGACCCCGGGAGUGUGUGAAGCGAUAGUGUGGAAUGACCCCAAGCUGGUGAAUUCACAGAGGAUGGAGGGUCACGGAUGUGUGCGGCGACUGGGUGGGGGAGGGGGGGACUGGUUGCAUCUGGCCCACAAGUAGGCUGGUAUCUCUUCCAAGUUCCAGUGUCUGUAGCUUUGCAGAAAGAGGCGUCAUUCAUCGUUCAGACACCCGACCCCAGGCCUCCCCACAUCACCCAGGCCGUGCCCUCUCCUCAUGGACACCAUUGAGGAGAUACAGGAGCCUGAAGACACACACUUGACGUUUCAGGGACAGCUUCUUCCAUCCGCCAUCAGAUUCCUGAAUGGACAAUGAACCCAUGAACACCACCUCCCUUUUUUUCUGCUGUCUUUUUCCAUUACAUAUUUAACUUAAUUUUUGGCAUAAAGCUGGAUGAACUCAGAAUUCUGCAUGUUCCUAUAGCUCCCUGUGAGUCAUUGCAGACUUCAGCAGGUUGAACACGGACAGAGAAAAUUCCCAAGGAUGUUGUCAGGAAUGGUUUAAUCGGACAGGGUACAGGCCCCAGACCGUGCUGAGGUGAUUGAACCCAAUGUUGGGACGGAGAUUUAAACAUCGGGCCGAAGUGGACAGGGCUGGUACAGCCUGACUCGAGGGGGGUGGGAUCCAGACCCCAGAGCAUUUCGAGGCGACUGAACUCAACGUUGAUUUAGGCGCUGGGCUGGAUUGAAAAGGUCAGGGUGGCGGGGCCGAAGUGAGGGACUGGUUCAGAUCGCUGCUCCACGAAGUGGACUGGGCUCUGUGCUGAACUCUGCGACUCUCUCACGGGCUUCAGUUCAGAAACGCUACUCGCUUGUGGGUUUUUUCCCUCUACACAUUGGGUGUCUGACAAUCUUAUUUUAUAUAUUAGUAUAUUAUUUUAUUUUAUACAGGUUCUUUUGGGAUUCUUUGUUUUGUGGCUGCCUGUUAGGAGACGAGUCACAAGGCCAUAUAAUGUAUACUUACUUUGGUCAUACAUGUACUUUGAACUUUGUUUCCUGGAGCAGAGGAUACUGAGGGGAGAUUUGAUAGUUAUACAAAAUUAUGAGGGAUAUCAACAGGGUAAAUGCAAGCAGGCUUUUUCCACUGAGGCUUGUAAGACUAGAGCUGGAGGUCAUGGGUUAAAGGUGAAAGAUGAAAUAUUCUAAGGGGAAAAUCAGGGGAAACGUCUUCACUCAGAGGGUGGAGAGAGUGUGGAGCGAGCUGCCAGUGGAAUUGAUGGAUGCAGGCUUGACUGCAACAUUGAAGAGAAGUUUGAAUACUAGUUGGAUGGCAGGGAUAAGGAGAGCCAUGGUCUGCGUGCAGGUCAAUGGCACAACUCUUAUUCUUUCUUAGAGCUACGGCAUAGUACCAGCUCUUUCUCACCCAGCAGGCCUGCGCCACGAAAUUGCACCCACGCGACCGAUUAACCUGCUAAACCUUGCGUCUUUGGACUGUGGGAGGAAACCAGAGCACCCGGAGGAAACCCACGUGGUCUUGAUUCCAGAGAAAGAAUUGAUCACAGUGCCCGAGGAGUGACGGAAACAUGUCUCAAGUUACCGAAGAUGCCCUGGAGUUUUGCAAAUCCACCGCUGAGACCGCACAGGCCGCUUUGGAGUUGUUUGGCUCUGUGGAGAAGUUAUCUUCCUCAUUGGGGGUCUUGGGCCCAAUCAUUGGAGUGGCCGCAGCGAUUGUGAGACUAGCCCUGAGCGGCGUGGACAGUCCGGAGCUGGCCUUUAUGAAGGAACAGCUCCAAGCCGUCAGAAACCAGCUGGACUUCAUUUCGGGGCAGAUUUCCAAAGUGCUUCGGGAGAUCGACAGAAGCACGAUGGAAAAUCAGUAUUUCCCCAUUCAGGAAAACCUCAAGAACCAGUUCAGGAAGUACAUGGACAUCCUGAGCGCAGCGCCGGAGUUCCGGCAGAAGGAGAAGGAAGAGUUUCUCAAACACUUCGACGCGACCAAGGGGGACCAGAACCUCCACACUCUCUAUGAUGGAGUGAUGGGUUCUGCCAGAUGUUUCGGCAAAUCUAUCCUGGACACCGCCAUGAACUCUGGCGGGAGGGAUCGGCGGCUGAUGGAGAGCCUUUGCGCCGCACUGAAGAAGCUCUUCUGUGUCGGUGUGAUCGCUGUGCUGGGACACGCUGCCAUCACCGGGAACGACGCAAAGGCACUGGAGGCGGAGUGGAAAGAAAAACUGGCGCAAGUCGAAGGCAAAAUGAAAUCCAUGAUAGAUCGCUGCAUCAGUGAGUUUGCGGAGCAGGCGAAGAUAGACGUGGAUAGAUGGGUGAGGGGGAAAGGAGCGAGGGAUAACCACGAGUGUUCAUCUUAUGUCCACAAUGAAUUACGAACUAAAUACUACUGGGUUAGUUGGUCAGUGCGCGUCUAUGAUCCCGUCCAUGCUUAUGCCAAUCACUGUGUUAUUGGCUAUAACUACUUCUAUUUUUUCAGGCACAACGGUGUUAAUAUUGUUGUCUCGUACACCACCAACCCAAGGCUAGUUGAUGAGUCUCGCAUCAGGCAGUUAAUGGAGGGGAAGGGCGGCUGGAAGGAUCCAAAAAAAGUGGCGGAUCAUAUCUACGGCAACCUCCCCGGGCAUGUAGUCCAUGUAGUGAGACGGUACAAAAAUCUGUGGAGCUCCAACAACUUCCCCUAUGGAUGUCACUUCUGGGAAAACUACAGUGGUGUCACCCUGUGUGUUCACAGAGAAUAAAUCCCUGAUUGCACCGGGACACCCCAUAUAAUUCCCUAUUGCUAUCUGUCCCUGACACGCAGAAUAAAUAUCGCCCCUCCCCCCUUUUCCCAAAUACUCGUUGAAUGAUUCUCAGAAAGGCUACGAAUGUGCACUCCUCAUCUCCCCUAUAAUCAACCAUCUCUGUGCCCUCAGCAGGAAAUUAAGUCCCCCCAGGAUCCAACGCACUUUUCCAGAUGGGACGAGCUCAGCCACCCUCCCUUGUAUGCGAGGAAACGAGCGUGGAUCCAGCUGCCAAAUGCAGCCGGAUCCACGCACCCUUUCCCAUAGGAAAGGGAGGACAGAGCCCACGCCGCGGGCUUGAUGAAGAUGGGUUGGUUCACGUCAGUGGUUGUCCGAUCAAGGCCCUUUCCACAGGUUUCGCUUCACAAUUAACCCUGUUCCUACCAACACAUCUUUAAAGCUCCUGUCGGAGGAUUUGCCAGGGUUAACGCUGUCGUGUGGAGGAAGGCGGAAUACCAAAGACCCACUGUGGAUAAGCCGGAACAAUAGGCUGCAAAUCUGUCAGGCCAUUCCAUGAAAGGGCAGUUUCAGUUGUCGUUUGUUCCUGCGAUAAUAAAAUCUAUGCUGCCUGUACUGUCUGUAACAAUGAAACUUGCAAUCAGAUAUACAGUAAACUAUACGAGUGAGUCAUGCAAUUGCUAGGUAUUUCUUAAAAUGAUCGUUUGGAUAUUGGAAAUAAAGCUGAUUAUU